GGGGAUCUCCCUAGUUACCUCACAGUGGGGACCUACCCUAGGCCCUGUGUGUAUUAGUACAGUAUCUACGUACGUGUGUCAGCCAUUGUCUUAGCAUAGCUAGUCUGCUAGUGUGUGAGCUAACCACUCCUAAAGCCCAGGACAAGCCCAGAGAGGAGAGGUACGUGUAGGGACUUGUGAGUGACCAUGUCACAACCUCACAGCAAUAACUUCACUAACAAUGCUUAUGCUGGUGGCUAUGUCCAACAAGAGUCCCAUCUCUCGACUGCCAGAACACAACCUCAGCCUGUACCUCGGAACAGGUUCUCGAACCUACCACCAGAUGUGAGACUACCACCGAGUUUCAACCACACAUCCCAGGAGAUGUAUGGAAAUCAGUACGUGCCACCGAUACCUCCACGCUCCAUCCAGCCCGCCCCCUCAGGAAACUACCAUGCCGCCCAUAGCAACACAGCCCCCUUAGCAACGGCUGGUAUCAACCAGAGCAUGUCUGCAGGAGAUCUCUCCAGGAUAUUGGAAGAUACUGAAAGAGAAAAUGCUCAACUGAAAGAUGCUAUUAGUGAGAAUAAUCAGAUCUUGAGCUCCAAACUCAGCGAUCUAGAGAGUCAGGGAAAAGAGCUCUUGAAGCUCAAGGAUGAUAAUGAUAGUCUGCGCAAUCAGUUCUCUGCCUCCACCAACCAGUUCUUUGAAGCACGCGUUGCAGUGUUGGGUUUCAAGUGUCGUGUCAUGCAGCUCACUGCUGCUCAAGGAGACCCCUCCCACAAGCAGCAGACCACACCCACACAAAAACUAGGCCCUCAUGAGAUUAAUGCUCAGAUUAACACACUCAAGCAUGAGAAGACACAGCUAUUGAAUGACAACAUGAGCUUGGAAGCCGUGGUUGCUACAGAGAGGGACAAGUUGGAAGCACUGGAGGACAAGAAAAGGAUCUCAGAUGAGGAGAAUCAGCGCCUGCAGGCUAAGGUGACUCAGUUGGAGACUGAUGCAAGGCUAAUGGAGGACCGACUAGGACAGGCCCAGAACCAUUCGUACCAGGAGCACUCUUCAAGGAGUCAUCUCAGUCAACAACUGCGAACCACUGAAACUGAUAACAAACGCAUUCAGAGUCAAUUAGAUGCUGCUAUACAAAGAGAGACUUCAUUGAGGGGCCAAGUUGAUGGCUUCAAGGCUAAAGAGAAGGACCUUUAUGAGAGAAUCCAUCAGUUAGAGAAGACCUCCUCUAACCAACCACCUGUACCCAAGCCGCGCACUCUCAUCCAGCCACAGCAAUCUGAGGUAGUAGAGAGUUUGCAAGCUCAACUGGCUGCACUCAGAGAGAAGAUCGAGAAAGAAAGAGAGAACCGUCUAACUGUGGAGAGAUCUCUGGCUAGAAAGACUAGUGAAUAUCAGGAACUAGUACUCAAGUACAAUAAUGAGAAGUCAGAGAACACUUCAUUAAAGCAAGCGCAUGUACAGCGGUCUAGUGAUGAUGUGGAUACACUGGCUACUGAACUGGCUCAACUCAGAGCAUCUGAAACAACUGCUGUACAGAGUCUAAGACACAAGGACUCUCUCAUGCAAGGCUUGCUAGCAGAGAAGAGUGACCUUCAAGCUAAAGUGGCCACUCUGGAGAAGCAAAAAAUUGAUGAGCUGGCCAGUGUACGCAAAGAGAAGAGAGAUGAAAUAGCAACUCUACGCAGUGUGAGAGAUGAGAGUGCUGGGAAGAUAGCUAGCUUAGAGGAGCGAUUGCGACUGGCUACAGCUACUCCUAGUGGAAGCAAGGGAAGUGUCUCUAGCUCUGCAAUGGCCAGGAGAUUGAAUGAUGCCUUAGGAAAGGUCAAGGAGCUACAGACUAAACUGGACAACCAGAGUCGUGACUUUGCCAGUGACAGGGAGAGAUGGGAGACAGAGAAGGAAGCCUUACACAGUGAGGUGGCCAGACUGAGUGAAGAGGAUAAGCUUGGCAAUAUAGAGGAGAGCCUCAGCUAUUACGAGGGUGAGGUGAAGCGUUUGGAGCUCAGAGAAGCCACUCUGUCUCAAGACAAGAUGACACUACAGACUUCUCUAGACAGAGUGCGUGCAGAGGUGACCUUGAAGACCGACUCUCAACACCAACUAUCUCAACAACUGGCUCAAUUACAGGCAGAACUGACAGAAAAAUCACAAACACUCUCUCAACUACAAGACCAACUGAGCAAUGUCAACAGAGAGAAAGAAAAGAAAUCGACUAAGCUGCAACAUUUGGCCACUGACUUUACAGACUUGAAGGAUAGGGAGAAACAAUGGACACAGGAGAGGAAGCAGCUCACAGAAGAGAAUACACAACUGACCCAGACACUGCAGCAGCUAGCAGAGACUCAGAACAGAGUAGGUGUAGAGAAGCAAUCACUGGAAGAGGUGAUUGAAGAGCUUCAAACGGAGUUGGUCAAGGCAGAACAGGAACAGAGAAGCUACGCUAGUCGCCUCCAUUCUGCUGAGGGACAGCUUGAAACACUCUCAAUGAGUCAUCAACAACUGUCAGCUGAAAUGGAUGAGAAGUGUGCACGUCUCAAGCAAGUAGAGACACAGAGAAAUGGAGUCCAAGAGAGACUCAAGCACAUGGAUGCACAGUUGAAGAUGUAUCAGGAAGAUUUUGAGAGAGAGAGACAAGCAAGAGAAGCUGCUGUCAAAGUGCGCAACAUGGUUGAAGAAAGGAUCAUAAAGAAAGAAAAGGAAGUGAAGGAAUUGAGGGAGCGGCUCAACCAACAAGCCAUGACUACACUGAGCGCAGAAGAUCAGUAUGACGACUCGACUGACUCGAACCCUGUUGGUUCAUUUAGACCUCAGAGCCGGCGGCUUAAUGCCCCGCCCCCUGAUGCCCACUCACUAAGCCCCUCCCCCUCUCAAGUUCGCUCAGGAGAGCAUCUCAUGCACACACAGGACCAACCUCGACAGUUAUCUGACCCCCUACACCAGGAUCCAGCCCCACCCAUUCCCCCCCGUGUCCCCACUGCCUACCCCCCACAUAGCCACGCAGGAGGCGGACAGUUUGGAGUACAGGACCAGAUGUGGACUCAGCAAAUUCCUGCAACAAAUGCACAAUACCCACAGACUCGAGUACGUCCAAUGACUACUGCUCAAGAAGUGGCAACUGUUGGUGGGGGGGGCUUAGUGGGGGGUCUCCAUCACCCACAAGGUUAUCAACAGUCCCCCCCUGGAGGGCACCCCCCACAGCCUGGCAGUGACAGUGGAUGGAGACCUCCAGCAGAGAUGAGACGUAAUGAUCUCUCUAUGGCACCCGUCAAUUCUGGUGGUCGUAACAACCUCUCCCAGCAAGGUCCCCCCCAGCAUGGCUCCCCCCAGCAAGGUCCCCCCCAGCAUGGCCUCCCCCAGCAAGGUCCCCCCCAGCAUGGCCUCCCCCAGCAAGGCCCCCCCCAGCAUGGCCCCAUACAAGGAGGCAGGAACAAUCUGGAUAUGACCCAACCACCACCACCACCACCGGGGUCAUCACAGCAGCUUCAGUUCAUACAAGGUGAAUGGGUUGGACCUGGAGAGGUGGUCAACCAAGCCCCACCUUCAAUGGCUUGCCCAAUAUGUGGACAGCAGAACUUCCACACUCAGACAGACCUGGAGCUACAUUGUGCAAGGUGUACUUGAACUACUAAUGAACUUCUACAAUAAUAUUAUUAUUGUGAUUGAUUUUUGUGAUUUGUGUAAUACUGCUUAGUUGAUUGUUUUGACUUCUUCUGA